AUGGCUGUAAAUGCAUCAGAGAUAGCCCAGACGGACGACAUUGAGUUCUGCACGCUCGGAAUGUUUAUUCUUGGUAUGCUUAUCAUCUUUGAAGACCCCGCGGAUCCAACGCUCACAGUGCAUUGCGCAGAUGACAUUGACUUCGGAGGUUCCAGACCUCGUGUCAAAAACAUCCUUGGAGGUGCUGCUUCUUUCGCAGUCGUAGGAGCCCGCCUAGUAGCAGGCGCUCCAUACGCACGGUCUGUGAGCUGGAUUGUGGAUGUUGGCUCUGAUUUCCCACCGGAGACUCUUGCUGUUAUAAAGUCUUGGAAUACGGGUUGUGUGAUUAGAGAGAAUCAUCAAAGGCUUACUACGAGAGCCUGGAAUGGCUAUCAUCCCGAUGAAAAGCGAGACUUCAAAUACUUGACCCCAAAGCUGAGGCUGGAGCCUUCGAUGCUCUCGGAAACACAGGUGUGGUCUCGCACAUUCCAUAUGGUCUGCUCUGCAUCGCGCUGCAUGUAUAUAGUGGAAGAUAUCCUGCGUCAACGAGAAGAGCUGCGAAGCGCGGGCCGGGCACCUUCUACUAAGCAUGCUGCAGAGCGGCCUAUUUUCGUCUGGGAGCCGAUACCCGAUCUUUGCACGCCCGAAGAGCAAGAAAAAUUCUUUGAGGCUAAUCGGGUCGUGGACGUGGUUAGCCCGAAUCAUAUGGAACUUGGGAUGAUGUUCGAACAACCUGGUUGGACCGUGGAUAACGAGCAAAGCCAGAGCCUCGUUCAGAAGAUUAUUAAUUCUGGCAUUGGACCUAACGGUGACGGUUGCCUGGCUAUCAGGGCAGGUAAAGAGGGAAGCUACGCCUACUCGAGAGAUCAGAAAAUCUGGCUACCGGCUUAUCACAAAACCGAUGCCUCGGGGUCUACGGUGGUCCUGGAUCCUACAGGUGCUGGCAAUUCGUUCCUCGGCGCACUAGCCCAGGGAAUGGUGACUGCUGGUCGUGAACCGUUCGAGGUCAUUCAGUCCGUCUUGUCACCCUCCGAGAGCUGGAGCAAAGCCAUGAAGGCUUGGGGCAAUCGUCAAGAUCUCCCCCUGGCGCUCAUCUGCGCGACUGUCGCAGCGGGCUUUGUGGUGGAGCAAAUUGGCGUGCCACAGAUUUCUGUAUCAGGGAAUGGCAAGGAAUUGUGGAAUCAGUCUGAAUUCACGGAACGGGUCCGCCUGUACACGCAGCGAUUGUAUGGGACCGUGGAAGAGUCUCCCCAAAGACACCUGUUGACCAAUUGA